GACUGUCGACCCGCGCAAACCCAGCCACUCGACUGUCGUCCCGCGCAAACCGGCUCAAGUCCUGACCGCGCCGACCGCUCCACAAGUUACCACAACAGCAGCCGCACGAGUGCAACCACGGAAACCGACGCCAUGGCGUCGCGCCGGUCCACGCGCGCGUCGGCCUCCCGCAACGACGCGCCGGCGGCCCUGCCGGAGCAGGGCGAGGCGCCGAACAUGAAGCCGCGGCGGCGGCGCGAGCAGAGCGAGGCGUCCGCGUUCCUCUCGAAGACGUACGCGAUGAUCAACGGCUUGGACGGCACCGUGGGCGGCUGGAGCGACGCGGGCGACUCGAUGGUCAUCCUGGACGCGGAGAACUUCGCGUCCGAGGUCAUCCCGCAGUACUUCAAGCACAACAACUUCCGGAGCUUCGUGCGCCAGCUCAACUUCUACGGCUUCCGCAAGCUCCGCGCGGACCCGAGCGCGGGGCCCUCGACGCCGCCGCGCUGGGAGUUCAAGCACGUCAACUUCCGCCGGGGCCGGCCCGAGCUCCUCGUGCAGAUCCGGCGCGCGGAGCACUACGACUACGCGUCGCCGGACGUCGCGGCCCAGCGCCAGCGCCAGCUCGAGCUCGAGCGCGAGGUCGGCGAGCUCCGGGGGACCCGCGCGCGGUCGGGCUCCGCGCGCGACUUCGACGCUGGCCUCGCGCGCCUCUCCGCGCCGCUCCCCGUGCCCGACGUCGGCGCCCUGGGCUACGCGCCCCACUCCCUCGACGGCGCCGCGCUCCACGACCCGCUCCUCGAGGCCAUCCCGGCCGACGCGCGCCACCUCGAGGGCGCCGCGCUCCGCCGCGUCGAGACCGCGGGCCACGGCGCGGACCUCGAGGGCCGGCCCCUCGCCAAGGCCACGUCCCAGGCCUCCAGCGCCCAGCCCCUCCUCACGUCCUUCGAGACCGCGCGCCUCGACUCGCUCAUCCGCACGCUCUCCGACGAGCGCGUCGAGCAGAACGACAACGCCGGCGCGUGAAACCCGCGCGCGUUAAGCUGUGUUCCAAGGAGGUGUCCUCGUGACGGUGGUUGGAGCGUUACUCCGAGGCGACGUCGCCGCCGACGGACGCAUUGGUGCGGGCAGCGCCGGCGGCGCGGCGCCAAGUGGUCGAUUUAGGCGUCGAUUUUGCGUGCCGCGUCGCCUGUUUCCACCCUCGCCACCAAGAAAGCGCAUCUUCUCCGUGCCCGCCGUCGUCGCCGCCGCCGUCCCGCCCCGUUUCCACCCUCGCUCGCUACAAAAGAUGCCCUUCUUUGUCGUCACCCACAAUGUCACCGACUCGAAGUUCUACAAGGAGAACGUCGAGGCCAUGAUCGGCUCCCUCCCCAACUGCGACCCGAUCAAUGAGGGAGAUGAGGGCCUCCACAAGAAGGACCUCCACCAGCUCUCCGUCAACUUCCCGUCGUCGGCGAACGGCGACGUGAAGAUCGGGUGGGUGCGACUGCGUCCGAUGAUCUCCCUUUCAUUCCGCGCGCCGCGUCAACGCCGACCCGACGAUCUCACGAUUUCCGCGCGCCGCGCGCCGGUCGCCGACGAUCUCGCGAAACCGCCGAAUCUUUCUUUCCGCGCGCCAGUCGCCGACGCAGAGACGAAUCAUCCGCGCGCGCCGACCGCUCGACGACUCAUCCGCGCGCGCCGUCCGGACGCCGCCCGCUCGACGACUCAUCCGCGCGCGCCGUCCGGACGCCGCCCGCUCGACGACUCAUCCGCGCGCGCCCGCCGACCGCUCGCCUCCGCAGGUGGUGCGUCUUCGAGUCCAAGCCCGGCAGCUCCUGGACGGCGAAAAGUAUGAAGGAGUGGCAGGACGCGGACAAGAAGCCCUGGGCCGUGCAGGACGUCACGGAAAUCAACUGCCCCGUGGGCCACAAGCCCUACUACGCGCAGUCGGCGAAGAAGAACAGCUCCUGCGCCAUCGCCUAAGUGGCCCCCGCGCGCCCCUACUACGCGCAGCCGGCGAAGAAGAACGGCUCCUGCGCCAUCGCCUAAGCGGCCCCCGGAACGU